UAAAAUUCAAACGGAUAAUUGUAAGGAUGAAAUCUUUACAUGUCGACUCAAGGAUUUACAGCAACUUUAUAAAUACAGUUAUAGCAUGAGAAGUGUCACAGUAAAGACAAGCAUAGAAGAUUUUCAAUGUAAAGAUAACAAACUUGGAUUUGGAAAAACAAAUAACAAGACUGAAGGACCCUGUGACAUUGGAAGUGAGGGCAGCAUAACAUAUAUAUGUGAUUCCAAACAAUGGAAACCAAUACAGAACAACUGUGUACUCAAAGUGAUCAAAGAUCUUGAGAGCAAAGCGCAGGUCUUGGUUGUAGGUGACAUCCCAGAAUUCAUGGCAAACCUCAGUAACGCUGCGGAGCAGAAUAAUGCUAAUAUAACACAGUCUGCUGCAACUGUCCAAUCAAUUGUUGACAUACUUUUCAAAAUUGCUGAUUUGUCAAAAAGCAUUACCAUCAAUAAACCUGUAAUGGAGAGUUUCCUAAAAACAGUGGACAUCAUUGUGUCAGAUAAUUCCAGCAAUACUUGGAAAGAUUUGAACAAUAACACCAUGUCAGGAAACACCAGCAGCAUUAAACUUCUGCAAGCUAUUGAGAAUAUAAGUGAUCGACUGUCAGCUGUGAAUUUUACAUUAACUCAAUCCUCCAUUCAGUUGAAUAGAAUUCAAAUUCAGAACUCAUUCAAUGCAAUUUCACAACUGCCCAACUCAACUACACAGAUUGUGAUACCGAACGUUCCUGAAUCAACCUACAUAACUCUUAUUAUCUUCACAAAACUUGACAACGUUUUACUAACUCGUAAUACUUCUAAUAAUGACAGCAAGACAUCAGAAAACAGCAUCAAUGGAGACGUGGUUGUUGUUAAGGUUGAUAAAACGAUUAACAACAUUUCAUUUGCUUUCGACAUCACGAAUACAUCAUUAAAAAAUCCUCAGUGUGUCUUUUGGAACUUUUCUCUGGAUCAAUGGGAUUCCAAUGGAUGUAAGGUCAAGUUCUCAGGGAAUGAAACAGUUGCAUGUGAAUGCGACCACACAACCUCUUUUUCAAUCCUGAUGUCACCAUUUGCAAUUGAUAACCCAGCCUUAGCCUAUAUAACAUAUAUUGGUGUAGCUAUUUCAAUAGCCAGCUUGAUUCUGUGCCUCAUCAUUGAGGCGAUCGUAUGGAAGUCAGUACGAAGAAAUGACACGUCGUACAUGCGUCACGUCUCAAUAGUCAACAUUGCUGUGUCACUGCUGAUCGCAAACAUCUGUUUUAUCAUCGGCGCUGCAAUUGCAGACCAAGAGCAGCAAACAUCAGUGGGUCGCUGCAGUCCAGUGGUUUUCUUCAUGCAUUUUUUUUACCUGGCUGUUUUUUUCUGGAUGUUUAUUUCAGCACUUUUGCUCCUCUACCUAACUGUCAUGGUCUUUUCUCUGAUGACAAGGGCUAAAAUGAUGGUCAUUGCGUUCACUGUUGGUUAUUGUGCACCUUUGCUCAUAGCCGCUAUUACUGUCGCAUCCACAGCUGGACCUCAACACUAUGUGUCAAAAGAAAAUGCAUGUUGGCUGAACUGGUUUGAAUCUAAGGCCCUGCUGGCAUUUGUGAUUCCAGCUCUGACCAUUGUUGCCUUUAACCUGGUAGUUUUGAUUAUGGUUGUGUGUAAGAUAUUAAAGAGAGGAGUUGGUGCCCAAUCAGAUGAAAGUAAUACUCUUGUAGUCAUUGCCCGAUGUGUGACGAUUCUGGCUCCAAUCUUUGGUCUAACAUGGGGAUUUGGCAUUGGAACCAUGGUGUCACGUAAUUUUGGCAUUCAUGUGGUGUUUGCAAUCCUCAAUUCACUGCAGGGAUUCUUUGUUUUAGUGUUUGGAACGCUAACAGAUAAGAAAGUCACUGAGUCACUGGCAGGAAACUUGUCAUUAAUGAACCUCACUUCCACUCGUACCAGGAGCACCAGUGCGGGAACACCUUCAAACAGACUGGGCUUCUUGCAGAGGAAGCAGAGGAGAAAUGUGUUCAACACGUCUGAUCCCAGCGCAGCUACAUCCUCAAACCACUUCAGUGCCUCAGAUACAUAAACUUCUUUGGGGAAAA